CUGUAUGUGGUAUUUGUGCCUCGUUCGCUUAGUAAAACAGUACACCGAGGACAAGUCAGGUUCGCAUUUAGAAACUUUUAUACCACAAAUAUAACACAUAUCAAAAAAAAGAGAGAGAGAGAGAGAGAGGGAGAGAGAGAGAGAGAGAAAGAGAGAGAGACAGACAGACAUACAGACAAAAAAAUUAAAAAUGUUUUCUCCAAUGUCAUAAUAACCCCACUGAGCUUAAUAUAA